UCGCCCGGCACGGAGAUGCGCCCACCUCUGGGGCAGGUUUCAGGCCCGGAACUAAUCGAGGAUCUUUUAUCCCAUUGGCCGUGGAGCAGCUUUGGCUUUGAUUGGCCAGGACUCCGGGGUUCCUGUCCCAUUCCCGGGGCAGGUUCUCAGGCCAAGCUUCUAAAUUAUAAGCAUCUGGCUUUAUAUCUGCUCAGUGGGGCCAGCCCUGCCUCUGGGGGGGUGGAAGAGGAGCACCCCCUGCUGAGCCCCCGCCCCACAGCACAGUGCCCCCUAGCACCAGCCUGGAGCAGUGGGGCCAGGCCGCCUCCGGGGGGCAGCCCCUUGGCCCAGCUGCGCUCACAUGGGCUCUCUCCCCCCAGGCUGCUGGUCAGCGCCUCGCAGGACGGUAAACUCAUCAUCUGGGACAGUUACACCACGAAUAAGGUCCACGCCAUCCCGCUGCGCUCCUCCUGGGUGAUGACCUGCGCCUACGCCCCAUCGGGGAACUACGUGGCCUGCGGAGGCCUGGACAACAUCUGCUCCAUCUACAGCCUGAAAACCCGGGAGGGGAACGUGCGCGUGAGCCGGGAGCUGCCGGGCCACACGGGUUACCUGUCCUGCUGCCGCUUCCUCGAUGACAAUCAGAUCAUCACCAGCUCCGGGGACACCACCUGCGCGCUGUGGGACAUUGAGACGGGGCAGCAGACGACGACGUUCGGGGGCCACAGUGGGGACGUGAUGAGCCUCUCGCUGGCCCCUGACGCCCGGAGCUUCGUGUCUGGCGCCUGCGACGCCUCCAUCAAGCUGUGGGACGUGCGGGACAGUAUGUGCCGGCAGACGUUUACCGGGCACGAGUCGGACAUCAACGCCGUGUGUGUGACUCACCCGUCUCCUCCUGCAGGGGUCCUGGCCGGCCACGACAACCGCGUGAGCUGCCUGGGGGUGACGGACGACGGGAUGGCAGUAGCCACCGGCUCCUGGGACAGCUUCCUGAAAAUCUGGAACUAGCCCCCCUUCUGCCCCACACCCUGGGGGUGUGGCUGCCGCUGGCCCCACCCUCAGCAGGGAGAGGGCGUGGCUUUAGCCCUUCUUUGGGGGCCCCCCCUUUAAUUUUUUCGAAUUAUUUUUGUUUUUCUUCUCCUGAUUGAAAAGAAGGAAAAAUAGCCUGCUGAGGGGGUGGGGCCUGUGGCUAGCAAUGACCUUUGACCUGGGGUGGGGCAUGAGGUGAUUGACAGCUGGGGCAGGGUCCUCUCUACUCUAGUACAGGGGAGGGAGGCUUACACCCCAAUUUUCCUGCCCCCAGUACCCCCUCCCCAAGGCUCUCUUGGGGAGUAGUGGCUAAUUGGUCCCACCCACUAUGUGUGGCUCCUCCUCCAGGAGGGGGGGUGCACCCUAGGCUCCCGUUGCCCCUCCCAUGUGCCUGAGUGGGGCUGGAGGGAGAUCAGGUUAGUUGGGGGGCCCCUGAGGGGAGGUGGGAUACCGGGGUAGAUGGGCCCCUGACUCUGAGGCAAAGGAGGGGCAACGCCAGACAUGGGGGCGCUCCUGUCCUGACCCCUCCCUCCACUCCCCAUCAGGGGCUUCUCUCCCACCCCCUGCCGGGGGUCGUCCUGUUUGCCGGGGGGGGGGGCUGUUUCUUCGCUGGGGUGUUUGUAACCGGCUCCCGGCACCGCAUCAAACCAUAAAUGACCAAAACCAA